UUACCCUUCGUUGCUCCUUUCCAUAUCCUCCCUUUCAGUAACGCUCCGGCGAUCCUCAUUCUCCUCUCGCCGGCGAACGUAUUCAGAAUCCUCGUCGGAGGGUAGUUUCGCUAUGGAAUGCGUCACCCUGAUCGAUAUUUCAUCGGAGGACGAUCUUCUUAUACCGUCAUCCUCGCACGUCUUGGAGUCCAUGGGUCACCGAGCGGAAUUCUGCUUCAACACUACUUCUUGCUACCACACUUUGUUUUUUACUUUUCCAAGUAAUCAGAUUUCCGCCUACAAAGGAUCCGAGACUUUUAGUAAUCUGGAAGCUGAAAAUAUAGAGAGGGUGAGCAACCAAAUGGAGCAACUUUCUGAACUUUCUGAAUCUCCACAGCAAAAGUGCAGGUCUGGUAGGUACAGCUUGCGCAAAAGUUUAGCUUGGGAUAGUGAAUUUUUCACUGGUGAAGGUGUUCUCGAUCAUGAAGAGCUUGCAAUCUACAAUUCCACGUAUAGCAAGGCUAUUGGACUCAAGUUACCGGGAAUUCACGAGGAAUUUAGAAAAUCGGUGGAGUCAACCUCUACAUUGGGUAGUGAAAGUCGAGCAUUGGAAAAGCUUGAAGUUGAUUUGCUUGAGAAUCUUAGAACUUCUAGUAAGAGGAUGCUGGUUGCCUCAAAUCAAACUCCCAAUAAUGAACAACUCAAGCCAGAUAAACCACACCCGAUAAGUUUGAAGAAACUUGAUUUUUCAUCUCAAACCAAGGUUGCAUCUGGAAAUAUGCAAUCAAAGUCGUCAAAUAAACCAACACAUAUGUCAUCAACAACUCCUUUGCGCACGGUGAAUGGAAAAUGCAGUUCGUCUGUGAUGAACAAGAAAAUAAAAAACAAUAGUGAAAAGGCUUUCACCGAAAUUAUGUCGAAGCGGCAAACCACUCCUGCUCUUAAUAAGUCAAAAAAGGAUCCAGCCAUGGCCCCCAGGUUAAUUCCAUCAAAGGAAUCUAGUCUCCGCACGCCUCAAUCCGUCUGUAAGUCAUUAUCAGCUCUGUGCUCUUCGUCGACUCGCCCAGCCAUUUGUUCAUCCGAUUCAAGUUUGUCUCGCCUCGCGAUCUUGAGAAGUUCUUCGAGAAACCCCACCUGUUCUUCCUCGAGUUUUUCCAGUAGAACUCCAUUAAAGAGUACAAGAAACAGAACUGGAUCAGCAAAUCAAAUCUGCCAUUCUAGUUUAGGGAAGUCUGCAUUACUGCUCUCAAAGCUUUCUCCGUGUAGUUCUAUAGACAGUUUUCUUUCAGAAUCUUCUUCACAGGCAUCUACUUCCACAAAGCACAGCAACUCUUUAAAAGCUUCUAUCGGCGGGUCUUCGUCUUCUUCUUCGAUAGCAGUUUGCGCCUCUCAGAAAUCAGGCGGUUUGCGGCCUCACUCAUUCACUGGAAAUCAUUCUAAAAUCCCCUCGAAAUUCGAUUUGGAUACGAAAGGAACGACAAAAUUAGGACUACGAAUGCCUGCCGAGGCCACAAAUCGGUUACUUCGAUAAGGACAAAACUCUCCUCCAUGGAUCAAACAAUCAUCUGCAAAGGAGCAGUUUGGGUAAGACAAAUGGGAUUACUGACACCUCUGCACUGAACAAACCCAAACCUAUCAAUCCUCCAUUAAUGAGAUCUGGAGCACCUCCAUCCUUACCGAACCAUAAAUCAAAAUCCACAGAGAAAACUUCCGAAGGAAACUGGAAGAAGUUGAAGAAAAAAAUUGAACAAACUAAUCUUCUUCAGGAACUCCAUGAGAGCGAGUUGCAGAGACUUAAUGGCCCAGCUUCCCUGAUGAAUGUCAAGCAGGCGAAGUUGCAGAGUGAGAAGGAGAACUUACGCCCUGAUGUAAAAACUGAAUGUCAGAGCAAAACUGUAACAAUGCUGGAGGGAAUGGUUUCUUCUCUUUCACUUUCUGAGGUAAAUGAUCUUAGUUUCAGAGAUUAGCUUCAGAUUUGAUUUGAUUUUCAUUAUUUUUCUUUAAUUUUAGUACUGAAUCAGGAACAAAUCCAACAGAAAAAUAUUGUUGGAAUUAACUGAAACGUUUGUGGAAGGGUUUUAUGAUGAUA